GUAGAUUCUUGCCGAUAUUCCCAGACGACCUGCCCGAGGGAUCACCACCGGAAUGGCCCUUCGACCAUCGAAUCGAAUUAGAACCGGGGAUACAACCCACAGUUCAGCGGCAAUUUCGAGUGACAGAGCCGGAUUUAAAGGAACUACGGAAACAGUUAGACUAUUUACUGGAGAAAAAAUAUCAUCCGCCGGAGCUCCUCGCCAUUUGCCGUCCCCAUACUAUUCACCCCCAAGAAAGACGGCGGUGGGAACUAAUCAACCAACUUCGUAGAGCUCGCCUCUUCUCGAAAAUAGAUUUACGAGGGGGUUACCAUCAGAUUCGCGUAGUCGCAACUGACUGUUAUAAGACCGCAUUUUGUACUAGGUAUGGGAGCUUCGUAUAUGUAGUUAUGCCAUUAGUGCUUGACGAACGCCCAGGCGACUUUUCAGAUGACCAUGAACCAGAACUUCAGUUCGCUUGUGGAUAAGUAUGUUGUAGUCUACUUGGAUAUAUACU